AUGGCGAACGGACAAUUUCAAUUCAACCACCAAUAUCAAUUUGACAAGUUUGUAAAAGCAAUGGACGCAUGCUCCAUCCCGGAGGAAAAUAAUUCUACUCUGCAAAGUAUUGUCAAGUUCUGUUCCCGUUUGUUUGAUGGGUACCAGUGCUGGAAUGCUACUCCCGCUGGGACAAUUGUCACCCAGAACUGUCCUAGCUACGUUCAGGGUUUCGACGAGACCAAGUUGACGCAAAAUAUGUGCGAUGACAACGGAACCUGGUUGGGAAAUCCGAUAGAAGGGAAAGACUGGACUAAUUAUGCCGGCUGUUACGAUCCUACAAUUUUGAUGGUAUCGUGCCAAUUCUUUCACGUCGCUAUGCAGUACAUGCUUCUCACAGGCUACAUGUGGUUGUUUUGCCAUAGUCUUUGCCUCCGCCUCGCCUUAGCAUACUUGCACGUUAGAUUAAAAGACUCGAUACCCCUCUUCAAUAUAAUCGGAUGGUUUUGCCCCCUUUUCAUUACGGCUGUGUACGUCAUAGUCCGCGGGUUCUACUACCAAUCGACAGAUCAUUGCUGGACAGAUGAAAGCAAUGCUAUCUAUUUUAUUUCGGUGCCUGUUUGGAUAGCUAUUAUUAGUUCUUUAGUGAUGCUGCUAAACAUCGUCACGUUGGAAUACUACAGAAUCCUUCGUACCCCGAGCCAAGCACGGCUGCUAGCAGUCGUGAAAGCUGCUCAGCAGACUUUAAUUCUGGUCCCGCUGUUUGGUUUACACUUCGGACUUAUACCUAUGCAUCCUUACCUUCAACCUGAUGCUAACACAGCGUAUCAAAUAGCCACGUUCAUCAUCACUAUCUUACAGGCAUUGGCCCUUGCUGUGAUCUUCUGCUUCAAAAAUGUGGAUAUCGUGCAAGCAUUGAACGAACGGCAACAACGUCGCCAAGAAGACAGGGAUAUCGCUCUACCAGCUAUUGAAAGAGGUCGCAAAAUACGUGCAGUUGUUAAGGGAGGUGAAAGGCGAGGCGGAGUACAAGAGACCUUCUUGUAA